AUGAAGUUUUUGAAGCCUGUAGUUGCCUUUGCACUUCUCGCACGUCGUCCGACUUCAUUGUUGCCACGCCUCCACGUAUCGCUAUCCAGACACGUUCAAUAUUCGUGGUUUACAUUCACAAUAGGAACAAUUUUUUUCGUAUCACUUGUUCCCACUCUUGAUACAAAGAGGCUAGCUUCCGCUGUUCCAAUCGCUCUUGGAUUUGCGGGUACAUACGCAUCUCUGAUUCACAUUUUCGGUCCCGAGAAUGACCAGAUCGAUGGGAAAGAACGAUUAGACAUCCUAAAUGUCAUAUUUUCCAUCGCAUCGCGCAACAUCGCAUUGCUUAUAGCCUUUUCUGUCAUCAUGAUGCUUACUUGGUCUGGAAGCACACUCGAAAUAACCAAUGCAACGUCGGCUGGCUCCGGCACAUUGGGCGUGGCUCAAACCUUUACUCGUACAACGAUAUCGAUUCUGAACCUUUACCAAAUGAUAGAAUUCAUACCGAAAAGUGAAAAAGGUCGCGGAUUACUAGUUGCCUUCGCUCUAUGGCCAGGUUCAUCACUCAUACAGCAUACUCCUUUGAGCCAGCAUAUAACUCCCUUGCCUGGCGUGAACUGGCCUGGAUCGUCUGACAAUGUUCCAUAUCACCCAGUCGAACUACUCAUUCGCAAAGCUCAAGACGAUUUCAAACAUCUCAUCGACAAGCAAUCGAAGACACUCGAGUCCGCUGAGACCGAGUACCGGAGAAGAUAUUUGCGGUCUCCACCUCCCGGGUUCGCCCAAUGGUUCGCGUAUGCAAAAUCUAAGGAUUCGGUUCUCAUCGAUGAUUUCGACAUGAUAAACGAAGACUUGAAGCCGUUUUGGAAGAUUGCCCCGCAACAGCUUCAUGAGAGCAUUGAUCAUGUGUCAAGUUUCGAGCACCUUGCCCUGCGUAAAUGCGGCUUCACUGAUGGACGGUUCCAUGGACAAGGCGACGGGUGGAUUGUCGAGGAUCUCGGAAAGCUCGUUCAAGAAGUCUCGCAAAGUAUUCCCAAUGUCGAAUUUGCUUUCGACGUGGUGGACGAGCCCAGGGUUAUCAUCACACAACAGAGGCUCGACAUUGGAGGGGUGUCAAAACCCGAGUUUUAUGACGCCCAUCACCUAUCAAUAUGGGACCGCACGACUAGCGCUUGUGCGAACAAUAGCUCUUCUGGAAAACUCCCUACCAUCCAUGACUAUGGGCUAAAUCUAGUUCAAGAUUGGCGUCAGUCGAAAGAUGUUUGUUCCCACCCUGAGUUCAGUCUCAUGCAUGGUUUCUUCUCAUCACCAAUGACUUGUCUUCUCACGGAUGCGCCUAUCCCUGUCCUUUCUCAAGCAGCUCCAACAUCAUUUGGAGACGUAAUGUACCCUAGUCCCUGGUACACGGCCAAAAUGGACCAAGGAGUUUACAAGGACGAAGACGACCCUCACUGGGAACAAAAAGCCAGAAAUCUAUAUUGGGCAGGCAGUACGACUGGUAGCUAUAGCUGGAACGGCACCUGGCGCUAUUCUCACCGUCAACGAUUUGUCGAGUUGGUUCAGACGCUUAAUCAAACCAAUCACAUGUACCUCGAAGAGUCCAAGCCUGGACAGUGGACCAGUUACAAAGCAAUCGAGGAUCACAGCGACUUGUUUGAUGUCAAACUCACUGCCAUUAUCCAAUGUGAUGAUCAAGACUGCGAAGAGCAGAGAAACUUCUUCGCCCUUGGUGAGAAAGAGGAGCGAAACCGGCAGUUUCAUUCACAAUUCGUGUUUGACGUGGAUGGUAACUCAUUCAGUGGGCGGUUUUACACUCUACUGAGAUCGAGAAGUGUUGUACUCAAGCAAACCGUUCUACGUGAGUGGCACGACGAACGUCUCAUUCCAUGGGUUCAUUUCGUUCCCAUCAGCCUGUCCAUGGACGAAUUACCAGAAGUCAUGCGCUACAUGACGAGCCACGAAGACGGGAAGAGGAGGGCGAAAGAGAUUGCCGACGCAGGCCGUGAAUGGCACGGAAAAGUCCUGAGAAAGGAAGACUUCACGAUAUAUCUCUACCGUCUCAUGCUCGAACUGGCGAGAAUUAUGGAUCCGAACCGACAGGUCGAAUAUUGA